GGAUUAUGUAAGAAAAAUGAGAAAAAUUCACCAGACCCCUGUGUCAGAUCUCCGAGAUUCUACCAAUUGUAACUUCAAUGAAAGCGAAAUUCCUCUCGUAUUGUAUCUCAUUGAUUCUUACAGCGCUCUUGUCGACUGACCGGCGGAUCGAUCGCGCCUGAAGUUAGCUGCACUCGGCCGAUUCGUCCCGUACAGUUUCGGCGCGUUGUGCUCCGUGUGGUUAGAUACGUGCGUAUAUACCCGGAUGGACGGCAAACUCAGCGAGGUAUAAAGGGCUCUUGGGAAAUUUACGUGUUUUAUCCCUUUAUCCAGCAGUGUUGUCGUCGUCACAUCACGUGAGAAAUCCUCAGUGGUUUGGUGGCGAGCUAAACGGGAAAAGUCGACCCGAUGCGCGCGCGAUAGGAAGCAGGCGAAGGAGAAAAACAGACACGGACGGACGAACGGACAGUGUGGAAGAAUAGGUGUUUCGGGUGAUGGAGUGUCCCACGCCGUGCACCGUCGAGUUCGUUCUUCCGGUCGGGGCCGAGAGCAGCAGCCAACAGGUAUACGCGAGCAACGGCAGCAGCUGAGGGGAGGCGCGCCGCGCCACCAUAUUGAGUGAAGCGGACGGACGACGUGGACCCGUGGCGAAGAUGAUCGUCUGCGGCAGAGUCAUCGGCCGAUUAUCGUCGAGGCUGACGCACGCGACUCGCCUGUAUCAGCCCGUUAAUUACGCGGGUACGUAUCGACGGACUGUAAAUAUUAGUAAUUUACACUACAGUAGCGAUGCGAGCAAUAAGAAGACGCCAGGCACCACUAUCAAACCAGAAGAAUGUGUGCCUAAAUAUUGCAAGACAGAACAAGGGAUUCCUGCCUGUGCGUUGCCUAAUGGAUCCUGUCCGCCACCAUUUGAUAAAGAGCAAAAGCAAUCGGGUGAUAAAGGUGGCAAGAAAUAUCAAUUUCAAUAUUGGCACUUGCUCACUGCCUUGGUUGUAACAGGAAUCGCUGGAUAUACGCUAUUUUUAACUGUGUCGAAAGGUGAUGGGACAGUUUCUGAAAAGAAAGACAAGAGGAAGCUUAGAAGGUUUAGGCAGAAAACGAAAAUUCCAACAGAAUCACAGUCAUUACCUCCAGAAAUACCUUAUCUAUUGAUAGGUGGUGGAACGGCUGCAUUUUCAGCAUUUAGGUCAAUUAAAUCUAGGGAUCCCAAAGCUACGGUUUUAGUAAUAACGGAGGAAGAAGAGUUUCCGUACAUGAGACCACCAUUAUCCAAAGAACUUUGGUACAAUACAGACAGAGAAUCAUCACAGCAAUUACGUUUUAAGCAGUGGAAUGGAACUCAGAGGAGCAUAUUCUAUGAGCCAGGUGAAUUCUAUUUAAACAUCGAUGAUCUUAUAAAAUCCGAAAAAGGCGGAGUUGCUGUAGCCACAGGCUGGAAAGUGACAAAACUCGAUGUUUUAAACAAAAAGGCGAUUCUCGAGGACGGGUAUGAGAUAAAAUAUGACAAGUGUCUCAUAGCAACUGGUUCAACUCCGAAAAAUCUCUCUGUGUUUGAAUCCGCCGAGGACAAUGUGAAAGACAAGAUCACAACAUACAGGACAAAGGAAGAUUUUCUCGAUCUGGAAGAAAGUGUGGCCGAUUCCAAAUGCAAAAAUAUCGCGGUCAUCGGUGGCGGAUUUCUGGGCUCGGAACUAGCCUGUGUGCUCGCUAGGAAUUAUAAAUCUAAAAACGUUUACCAAAUCUUCAGAGAGAAAUUUAUAAUGGAUCAAGUGUUGCCAGAAUACUUGAGCGAGUGGACCACGAAUAAGGCCAAGGCUGAAGGUGUUAAAGUUGUACCCAGUAAAGAGGUCGAGGAUUUUAGAUACAAAGACAGUCAACUGUCUCUCGUUCUCACUGGUGGUGAAACUAUGAACGUUGAUCGAGUGAUAGUAGCGGUAGGUGCUGAACCAAAUACGGAUCUGGCGAAAACUUCUCGGUUGGAGACGGAUCCUCAGAUAGGAGGAUUCCUUGUUAACGCCGAGUUAGAGGCGAGAAGCAAUAUUUGGGUUGCUGGUGAUGCAGCGUGCUUCUACGACAUUGUUCUUGGUAGAAGAAGGGUCCAACAUCAUGAUCAUGCCGUUAUCUCUGGAAGAUUAGCUGGGGAAAAUAUGACCGGUGCAGGUAAACCGUAUUUGCACCAAGCGAUGUUCUGGUCUGACUUGGGACCUGAUGUGGGAUAUGAAGCAGUAGGUAUCGUAGACUCGUCCUUACCAACUGUUGCAGUCUUCGCGAAAGCAAGCGCGAAGGAAGGAAACGCGGAGUCGACUGCUAAUCCUAACGAAAAACACAAGUCAAAUCCCGAAGAGAAACAAUCUGACAUAAAAUCAGAAGAAGCGUCGCAAAUCGUAAAGAACAUUGAUUAUACGAAUUCAGAAAAGAAAGAAACGUCUGAACAUAACACGAAAUCAGAAGAAGAAUCCAAGAAGGAUUUUAACAAAGGCGUUAUUUUUUAUCUCAAAGACGACAUUGUAGUAGGAAUAGUGCUGUGGAAUAUCUUCAACCGAAUCCGAAUUGCCAAACAGGUUCUCGCGAAAGGUACAAAAUAUGACGAUCUGAACGAAGUAGCGAAGGUAUUUACUAUUCACGAUGAUUAAUUUGUUUGAUCGGCAAAUAAGAAAAUGAAUGACAAUACUACGAGGUUACUGUACUUUAUGUAAAAAAGUUUCGGCUUCCUUGUUCGGGGUAUUGUUAUCGAUGGAAAACUCACAGACGAAUAUCGCCGCACUCUGCAGGUAUGCGAAUUGUAUAUGACGUUAGCAGCGCUACUCCGUGUUGUACACGCUGAUUUCUAAAUACAGUCUGUACACGAAACGUUCUCAUAGGGAUACGCGAAAUGUAUGUACGUUCAUCAUAGUUGAUGUGCUAACUGAAAGCAUUUAUAGGAAAUAAAGGGAGAACCAUUUUAUUAAUUAUUA